GGCUGUUGCCCUUUGAAGAAACACGCAAAGGUAAGUAGCUUGAAAGUGGACUUUGGUCAUGAACACCAUCAUAAUUAAUUUGUCUUGCUUCUGAGUGCACUAUUCACAUCUGGAACUAGCCUGCAGGAAGGACCGGUGCGAAAACGAAAUUCACCGCUGGUAACAAAUCUUUUGAACCGGAUUGAACGCUGACACAUUCUUCGCUGAGUUUGUAUUCCAAGCAUAAAAAUAUAUUUCAAAAGCGUGUUUUGGGCAUACAAAAUGAACGAAAACCGGCAGAUACUUUGUUUGCGGGGGAAGUAGAGAUCUGUCCGUUUUUUACUGGUAAACAUGCAUGCGACACUGGUAACGGGUGGUAACUGGAAUAUUUAGCCGUAAGGGUUGCGGUGAGAAAAAUAUCACAAAACUAACACUGUAGCGGACUUGUUCUACCACUGUGCCUGGACCACAACAAGUAACUCUCACAGAUUUCUAUGAAGUGUUCUCCUAAUUACUUUUAUUUUUUACAAAUCCAUAUUACGAGUAUUAUAAGCGUUCGCGCAGAAUCCUAAGGAAAGUACCACAAGACAAGUUAAAUUUUCAUACGCUAACUACGCAGUUCAUUUCCUAUAAACUCCAUUCAAAACGGAAAAUGCAAGAAAGCAAGUGGAGCUACGUUGUUGUUUUAGGAGGAUGGUGUAUAGCGGCUGGAAUGUCGCAGGUACCGCCAUGCACGGAAAAAGCUUUUCCCUCUUCCAUCCAGCCACAAUCCGGAUGCCAGCCAGAAAAGAGUACCGGCAUGUGGUAUCGGUACCGUAUGGUUGAGCCAGGCAAGAACAUCAUCCUUAAUGAACGCGCCAACGUUACCGGUAUCGGUCCAACGACAACGCCACUGACCAGUGAUCCUGCACACGCAUACUGGGUCUCUACGGCUUAUACAAAUCAGGAGGACAACAAGUGCCAUGUUGAAUAUUACAUGGGCAUGUACUCAAACAACGGCAAGAAGGUUGGAUACGGUCUAUCACCGGACGAUGAUUUCGUUAUUCAUCCUGAGAAUGUGGCUGUGUUCUAUACUGACAACACCAAAUUCAUGGUCGAAUACGGAUGUUUGAAGAAGAACAGCCAAAAUCCAAAACUUUGUGACGCGCCCCUCAUCCAUGCCGAAUCGCGCAUCCGACCGGAUCAGAUGUCCGACGAAGACCAAGAAGCUUACGAUAAGAUCCUGAAUGAUCUCUUCGCACCAUACUGCGUCACCGUCGAUGACAUUCCAAAGCAGGCAUACGACGCCGAAAAGCCGUUCUGUGACUUCGUCCCGCCUCCCGACUGCGCUACGCGAAUGAUCAACGGGCUCGGCGAGAUAGUAGUGACGGCAACUAGUACCGCUAAAGCGAAGAACAAAUUAGCUCUUCAAGCCGACAGAAACACCUGCAAGUGGCCACUGGUCAUUCCCGGAGAAAAGAGGCACGAACCAACAAAGCUUGUUGGACAGUGGUACUUGUACCGUAAACUAUAUCCGAGCGAACCGAGCAGCAUCAACCAGCGGUACAACGUUCACAAUAUCGGAGCGGGUGAACUUCCGCUAAGCGACAUUCCCGCUCAAUGGCAGUGGAUAGAAUAUUCACAGUAUGAUGCACCCGAUGAGAACACAUGUCGCACCGGCUUCUGGACUGGUGCGGUAGGAUCCGGUGGUCAACAAAUCGGGUUCGGCGUGUCCACGCAAGGUCCCCAAAUGCCGGUGCUGAAUAACAUGAACGGUUUGUAUUACGAUAACGCCAAAUUUUCCCUGGAUUACGGCUGCAUCGUUCCCAACACGAAGACCAACACGUGCGACAGUCCCUACGUUUACGCCAGCGUCCGUACCCAUCCCAACAAGCUCACGCAAGCAGAUAAGGAUGGUUUUGACAAAAUUAUUAACUCCUUCCUCAACAAGUACGGCUGUAGUGCGAGCGAUGUCCCCAAACCGAAAUAUGUGGACGCCAAGCCAUUCUGUAAUUACACCGGUCCAAAUGAUUGCAUUGCCAAGGCCAUUAAAGGUCUAACGCAAGCGACGCAAAACGCCUAGUGAUGCAGGACGCAAUAAAUUUGUUAAAAGUGUUGACUUAUCUUAUUAAUUUUUAAUGAUAAAUUAAAAUGCUAAUAAAGCCGCAGUUACGCAAGAAGCAGCUAAUAUAGAAGCGCGGACAAUGGGAUGGAUGAAACGCAACUGGCAACAUGGCUAUUAAAGGUGCAA